UAUUUUGACACACACAUAUCAUGUACAACAAGGACUAUUAAUCGAAACACAUAGAGCAUUGAUGAAUAUAAAAUUCAUGUGUGACCGCAUACAACUGGUGUAUUUAUAGUUGUUCGAUUUAUUAAUGGUAACACUACGUCACUCGACCACUAGAACAAUGGUUGCAUCUGAGACCCCUGACUCGGUCAGAGACUUUUACGAUGGAUCAGUUAUUCUAAUAACCGGAGGAACGGGAUUUAUUGGUAAAGUGCUGAUCGAGAAAUUGCUGCGAGUGUAUCGAAUAAAGAAAAUUUAUGUAAUAAUUCGAUCAAAAAAUGACAUGGACUGUGAAACUCGUCUUGCGGAGUUCUUCAAAGAGUCUAUAUUCGACAGACUACACUCGGAGAAACCGGAUGCAUUCAAAAAGGUUGUGCCCAUCGAAGCUUGUUUCGCUGCAAAUGAUUUGAAUAUUUCAGAAGCGAAUAGAAAUAUUCUUUGGAAUGAAGUUGAGAUCGUCUUCAACAUAGUGGCUUCAGUGAAAUUCAAUGAAAGAUUUCGUGAUGCUGUCGAAAUUAACGUUCUUGGCACAAAGAAAAUAUUGGAUUUGGUAAUGGAAACAAAACAUUUGAAAACACUUCUGCACGUAUCGACACUCUACACGAAUUGUGAUAAAAAAUUCAUUGCCGAAAAAGUUUAUGAACAAGAAAUCGCUUAUGAAAAAAUCAUGGAGUUGACUCGAUCAUUGGACGAUAUAGAAUUGAAUAAGUUGCAAGAUAAUCUAGUCGGUAAAAUGCCAAACACUUAUACCAUGACAAAAAGGUGUUCAGAAGAUUUGGUAAAUCAUCGUGCUCACUGUUUACCAGCGGGAAUAUUUCGUCCUCCUAUUGUACUAUCAACCUAUAAGGAACCCGUUGCUGGAUGGACUGAUAAUCUUUAUGGACCAUCGGGAAUAAUUACAAGCGUCGCUCGUGGUUUCGUCCAUGUGAUUUAUGGAAAUGCUAACAAGAAAGCUAAUUUAGUGCCAGCUGAUUUCUGUGUAUCAGCAAUGAUCGCAUCCGCUUGGGAUAUAAGUAAAAGAUAUCACAGCCGUAUCUAUGAUCAAACGGAAAUUCCCGUUUACAACUACAUUUACGAUAAAAACAAUUUGACCUGGGGCAAAUAUAUGAAAUUGGUGCAGUAUGGACUACAUGGCCCAUUAAGCCACGCCUUAUGGUACUUUUCAUAUGGAAUCGUUUCAUCGAAAAUUGCAUUUACAGUCAUCAAUGCAUUUGUCCAUAUCCUACCGGGAUACUUACUGGAUGCAUUUGCUUACUGUACAGGAAGAAAACUAAUAUACAGAUCCAUCUAUCGGAAGCUGUGCCGUCUCAUCAAAAUGAUGUCCUAUUUCGGAUUGAGAGAGUGGAAAUUCGAGAACACGAACAUUCAAAAAGUGGCGGGAAAUUUACAGGCAAAGGAUAAAAACGAUUUACAGUUCAAUAUUGACAACAUUGAUUGGGUUGAAUAUUUCCAUGACUACUUGCCGGGUAUCAAAAAGUAUUUCUUUAAGGAAACCCUCGGAGAAGAUGUGAGACGGAGUAGAGUACGAACCAUGCAUUCAUGUCUGAAAUAUACGUUCUGGGCGUUUCUUACAUCGAGCUCUUUUUUAACAUUAUGGAAAUUGCUAACGAAAUACCUGUGUUUGUAAUAUAUCAAGGUGAAUUUAAAAUAUUAAAACUAGCGAAACGAGUAAUAUAGAAAUUAAGUUCUUAAAUAUCAAAAGUCAGUUUUAGCUAUUAAUUUUGGUAAGAAUGAAUCUAAAAAAAAUUCUAUGAUAAACUUGUCCAAAACUUACACGCGAGUCAUUCGUAUGAAUUAAUUAAAUCUAGAAAAUAAUUAAGAAUUCAUUCAAAUAGAUUUAUUGUUUUCACAAAAUUAGAACCAACCACCAGCCACAGUCGAAUAAGUUCGUAAUCGUUUGUGACAUCACUCAAAGACAAAAA